AGACUGACGUCAGCAGAAAGUUAUUUUCAUGAAUGGAGGGGGCGGUCACGAGGAAUCGGUGACGUGAGUGCUUGCGGAAGCAGAGCGUGGAAUGUUGGUACAUUGUUGUUGUUUUGUAGUUUUAAUUUCGUACGAGGAUUCGCCGCCGGUCAGUCCGCCGCCGCUGGACGCGUUUUUACGCACGGACCGUGUCCAGUUUCUGAGUCUCCUCUGACGGAAAAAGCCGCCACUUUUCCUUUUUUGGGGGGUUUUACGCAUUCUGGUCCACAGAUAUAUCCGCGUCCACAGAGUGAGUCUUCUGUGAGAGCCGGGCCCGUUGUCUGCAUGCAGGGAAUGACGACUCAUUUCAAGACGAGCAAAGCUUUAAAGGUCAAGAAGGAGGCGGGCGAGAAUGACCCAGCACUCAGCGACGACGAGCUGGUGGUCAUGUCCGUGCGGGAGCUCAACCAGCACCUGCGUGGGCUGACCAAGGAUGACGUCGUGCGGUUGAAGCAGCGGCGGCGGACCCUGAAGAACCGGGGCUACGCUGCCAGCUGCCGCAUCAAACGGGUCACCCAGAAGGAGGAGCUGGAACGGCAGAAGAUAGACCUGCAGCAGGAGGUGGACAAGCUGGCCCGGGAGAACGCCAGCAUGAGGCUGGAGCUGGACGCCCUGCGAGCCAAGUACGAGGCCCUGCAGUGUUUCGCCCGGACUGUGACCCGCGGGCCCCUCUCGCCGGGCAAGGUGGCCAACACCAGCGUCAUCACCAUCGUCAAGUCGGCCAACAAGCACAACAACCCCAGCCCGACCCCGUUCUCGACCCUGUCCUAGUGUCGACAGGGCUGGGCUCUCCUCGUCCUGCCUGGUCCUGCCCGGCUCUGACCCUGCCUGGACCCACUCAUCCUGCACUGAGAGGACGCUCAGUAGUUAGACUGAGGGAUGGGAUGGGGGUGGCAAGCUCCAUGUGAUGUUGUUCUGAAUCCACCAUCGUCGUUUUCCUCCUUCCGUCUGAUUUACACAUUCUACGUUGUCUGUGCACUGUGCAAACCCCCCCCAGACCACCCCCCCAGCACCGGCAGGGUUAUGGUGCCUCUGUGACCCCCCUCGUCCCUGACUGACGGCAGAGAUUUGUUUGACAUGCCUUUAAUGUGGCAGCACUGGCCUAGGACACCUCGUACACCUAUUUCCAUUAAGCGUAGAACACAAGAGAUUCAAGUCGCGUGCAUAUGUGACAGCAAAGCCUUCUUCCAAAUUAUAUUUUCUUAACUCAAAAGUGCCUCAGCUGUUGCCUCAAACAGGAUCCACGAUUGAUCCCACAUGUAGUUUAACACCUCUCCACAGCCACAUUACCAGUGAUCUCCACCCCGAUAUGUUCCCUCGUCUCUUCUGGAGGGUGGAGAGUUUGGUUGGAGUGAGAUCCUAUUGGCCAAUGGGCUCCAGUCAACAUCAGUUUUUUUUUUUUUAUUUCAUGCAAAACGUUGCUCGGUGGUGAGUCAUGCCAAAUACUUUGAUGAUUUGGGAGCUAAUCUCAGAUAAUAGUCAGCACCCUCCAGGAACAGUCUUUAGAGUUUAAAAGGAAAAUUUGGAAUUUGCUUGAAAGCCCUGUGCCUUUUUGUCAACCGACUGGCAACUUACCAAAAAGAUUGACAAACACGUCGCAGUUAUCUGCAGGGUGUCUGUCUUUCAGGUAUCUCAAAGCAGCAAAUCAGUUCCGUUUUUAAUUUGCUGUCUUAAUAGCUCGUCGGCCAAACGCUCGACUCCUGCCGGUGUUUUGCUUGAGAAAUUGUUGAAUCUGUCAGUGGGGCUGAAAAGUGUUUUUUUUUCACAGUGAGCUGUGAUGAUGAGUUGGAGCCUGAUGGGACGGCGCUGUCAGAUUCCGUUUGCAUCUUUGCAGUCCCCCCCCCAUUCCACUCGAGAAAUUAGUCACAAUUUCUGCUUUUGAUUAUUUGAAACGAGUUGAAUUACACUUUAUUUCAACAGAUCUUUUAAACUCUUUUUAUCUGACCCCGUAGACUCGGGGGGGACUAAACAUGUAGAAAAUUGAGAAGUGACUACGGAUCAUUUUGGACCAGAUUUCUUUGGAUGCGGUUGGUUCUCACACUCGUCCGGCGUCAGUCAUUAUACAGCACUUAUAAGGAAACUGUUAAGAUGCAGUAUAAACAAUUCACAUAAGAAACUGAUCCCGGGAAUUUGAGACGAUGACAGAUAGAAGCUCUUCUUGCAUUUCGGAAAGUUACUGAGGCUGAAAGUGCACAAUGAUUUAACGUGGUUUGACCACUUAUUGCAAGGUCAAGCCUUUUUACGUAGCUGAGGGUGGUUUACUGCAACAUGCAACAGCACUUACUGGGUGGGGUUGUGCCUCUUUCCUUUAUAUGCCACUCUUUGGUAGGUAAUCCAUAUUGGAUAAAGUGUAAUGAGAGCGGUUCUGACGAGUGAAAUGCAAUCAGGGUCACUUCCUGUAUAUUUAGAGAUUUACAGUCGUCACUCCGUCCAAAUACAAAUCAUUCCUACCGCUGGGUCACGAGAAGUGCUGCUGCCGGUGUUGGUCACUCUGAAACAGUAGCUCUUUACUUUGCUUUUGACACACUCUUCUGCAAGAGAACUCCUGACGCCCAUCUCUAGUAACAGUGGUGUCACGGCAACUACAAAAAAAACAAAAAACAACAAAAAGAAAACGUGGUUAUUAACACCUUCCUCCUGUUGAACGUUUUGAGAUAUUUAAAAUAUGAUUAUCACUUGAAAUCAAGCCGUUCUUACCGAGGAUCCAUUCCUAAUUUGGAGUGAAGUGAAUAGAGAUUGCUCAUGUCAGGAUUUUCUCUUGGCUAAGAGGACACGACUGUUCUUCCCCUGUUCCAUAGCUGCAAAGAACAGUACGGGGAACUUUGCUGCUGUACAACCUGCUGUGAUUUUGAAGCAGGGGCAUUGCUGUGUUCUUACUCUUUUUUUUUGUAUUUUCACUUGGUUUCUAUGUUGAUACAACUUAUGUUCCCUUUCUGAUACUUAGUUUUAUAUGCAUAUACAGUAUAUUAUAAAUAUAUAUAUAUUACAUAUUUUUCUAUAUUUAUGUCUUUUACUAUCCUGGGAGUGGUGUGAUUAUGUAAUCAUUCUUUAAAGUCUAAGUAUGUUGAUGCUGACCCUUUUUUUCUGAAAGAAAAGUUGUAUUCACAUUUACAAUGAGAAAACUAUUCUCAUAACUUAAGCCUUCUUUGUGAGUAUUUAUAGCCCUUGAAUAGUUCUUCUCAGCACAAUUAAUAUUCGUCUCAUCCACAAAUCGGACAGACGUUGACUAUGGUUACAAAUAGGCCGCAGUUCAUUAUCGCUAAAUGCUAAAGAAUUAACUGUUUAAGAACAGAAACUAUAUUUUGACUGUUGGUUCACACUGUCGGUGAAGAGCGUCAUAUUUAACAUCAUAACUUGUAAAUCCUUCAUAAUAUUGCAGUGAAACAACAGGCAAUACAGAUUAACAUUUAAUGAAGUGAGAGGUUACAAGUCAAACUAUCUAUGCAAAGGAAUUCACAUAUUUAACAUUAAGUCUGGAUCAUUUGGAUGGAAAUUUAUGCCAAACAUGUGCUCUUUAGCACCGAUAUCAAUUAUCUCAGAUAUAGAAAUCAAUUUCAAUUUGAAGGGCACUAGAGCGGAUACCUCCACCAGUUCCCUUAUGGAACCACAUUCAAAUACACUAGAUGCAGAGUUUUAUGUUUUCUUUUUUUUUCAUCAAGAUCCAUGAAUUAUUCUGAUAAAUUAACAAAAAAUGUUAAAGAAAGUGAAAACAAAUUCCUAAAUCCACCCCCUGAUCUGGAUCCACACGUUGAAUAUGUGCUUUCCUGACCCAUAAUGGAUCCUUCCAUCAAGUUUCGUGGUGGUGCGUCCAGUUGUUUUUGCGUAAACCUGCUAGGUAACACAGACAAACAAACGUAAACGUAAUCUCCUCGGUGGAGGGAAUAGUUCAAAAGAAAAGAGAAUAUUUCAUUAUUUGUGUUCCUAAAACGAAGAGUUAACCGACAUGUAAACCUUUGUGGACUCUGUGUCGUAACGCAGACUUUGUGUCCUACUCUAAACACGAUAUUUGAUUUUGUCGACAGUUUUAAAUGACGAUGACUGUGACGCUUUUGUAACCGCAAAAAAUAUAUAUACUUUACUUUAACUUUACCUGAAAUUAAAAUUCCGAAGCUGCUAAAGUUGAAGGUCAUUGAGGAAUUUAAAGACAUGUUGCAUGUUUACACAAGUCAUUUUUUCAGCACAUUGCAAGAAAAUACUGCUCAAAGCAAUUUCUGAGAAAAAUACAAUGACCUCUUCAAAAACCGAGUGCUGUUGAACGAGGCGUAAUUUUCAGUCAUUACUGUAUUUGGAUCACGUGAAUGAUUUUUUGGUAGCACAGUGUAUAUAUACAUUUAUAUAGAGAUAUAUAUAUUUACUGUGCCAUGUUAGAAGACAAACCUCUCAGCAGGUGAAUUCAGAUUUAAACCUCCAUCCAGUUACCCAGCAGAGGUCCACUCAUGCUCUGAAACACAUGUUGCUCUCGUGUUAUUUCCACGUGUUAUAACACUUGCCAGACACAAUAAUUUCACGUUAUACGAUAAAACAAUAAAAGCUGCAACUUAAUUAUUUUUUUUCAAAUCACUUUAGGGAGCAUUAUGCAGAUAUGAAUAUUUUAUGGGUGAAAAAGAGGCACAAAACAUCACCUACCAUGGGUGUUUACUGAAAGUGGUCUGAGCAGUAGAAGCGAGUGAAGCUUGGAGCUGUAAUAGAACUGUUUAAGGUAUCAAUUGUUAUUUUACUUUCUUUUAUAUAUAUAUAUAUGAACCAUGACAAUGCAAUUGUAUGUACAACAAACGAGGUGGCUCAUCUUGACCAUACGUAGGUGUUCAAGAUGAGUUUAAAAUUUCGUCCUGAAAACGUGUGUCUUUGAGUAAAUAAGCUUUCACACACACAAGCUUUGCCAGCCCUACAAGCUACAGUGUUUGACUUCAGCCGUGUAGAAAGUCGAGAUUUAUUACUGUAGAUUCAAGAGAUUUAUAUGUGCCUAUAAAUUCAGUCAAACAAAAAAGAGCUCCAUGGUAGUAGGAAUGGAGUUUGUGUAUGGAUUACAUGGUUGUGGGUGAUGUAAUGGAUGAAAUUCAUUGAAUGUUAAUUCAACAGCAGCAGUUUCUAUGUCAAGUUUGUACUUGGAAAAUUAUUUUUGUUUUGGUCUCAUGGCAACACACUGAGGCUCAAUGAGUGACUGUAAAGAAGGAUGGUAACAAGGCAGCAUGUCUGUGAGUAUGUACCCCUUCACAACUUGUCAUUAUUCUGCUCAUAUAUUUUUUAUAUUUAUUUCAUGAAUUUGUGUAAUUAAAACAAAAAAAACCACCUAAAUUAUUUGUUAUUUUACAUUCAUUUAUUUACAUGUUUUCUCAAUGAACUACCCUCAUGUACAAAUAAAAUCUGUAUUUGUUUCUGCUCUGAUUUUAAGUAUGGUAAAUUAUUCCUAUAUAUAGAUCUGCUGUCUGUUUUUGUACCUUCAAAUAAAGCUUCUUUCCUCAUC